UUAUCAUUUUGAGUUCAUUUGUUCAACACUUCUGUACGCUGAAGAACGUCAUCACAAUGCUACGGCUGGCACUGGUAAUAACUGUGUUGUACUUGGCAGGUAUUUGCCGUGGGUAUUCUCUCCAGCUGAAGCCAUACAAUGAGACGGCAAUUAUAAUGUUCCUUGGAAACGACUUGAAUCGCGAUGGCCAUAUCGACCGAUCAGAAAUCAACGCUACCUUUAGUCUUUACGACAAAAAUAGUGACGGAUACGAGACAAGAUACGAAUACACUGAGUAUAUUUGCGGAACUUCCCCAGCUCUGUAUCAAUUAUCACAUUACCUCUUUGACGAGUAUGACUUCAAUGGGGACCAUAUACUAGAGGAAUAUGAUUAUGAAGUUCUCUACGACCAAAUGGAUAAAGACAAGGACGGUCUAAUCACACCAGGAGAAUUCAUUGACUAUUGGGAAAGGGUUUUCCCAAAGUAUGAAAAUGUUGGACCGCACCCAGAGACGUUAGCUCAUGGACCAUCUUCCUGUCAUUGAAUUUGUCUACUGCUUGAGCGUGUUGUCAUUUCAUUUUCAUGAAACAAUGAAAACAAUGUGUCUUUGUGUGUUGGAAAUAGUUGCCGUACAUAACAAAUAAAAAUGUUUUGCGAAUGAAA